CACCAACACAUAGACCACACCCACCUACACCUUUACACUACAUCCCAAAAUACACCAUCACGGACCCGGUCGUUAGCUGUGGAAAUACUGCAGAGUAGAGUGGAUUAGCUGUUGUUUUGUUGUUUCACUUAAUUUUCUUUGGUUUAUUGGAAAUGUGCAGCACAUUGUUUGUUUUUUGGAUUUCUUUUCAGUUUUUAGAAACAGAAAUGAAAGCAUGAAUAAUAACUGGUGAUGAGAUUUGUCAUGUUUUUUAGUUAAAUUGCGGUUUGAUGAGUUUGAAAAGAUGGACCAACCGGAGGGUGGGGCAGGGGUCGGAGAGGUUAAAUUAAAAACAUGGCAAACACAUAACAUUGUUUCAGUCCUAAAAAUGAUCCAGUGUUCAUAUCGAGCAGAAAACACCUGAGAAGCUGCUGUCAGAGCCUCUAAGAACUGCUAACCCACUCUCGUCAGUCUGGUAUCAGUGCAGAGUUUGGGCUCUCAUACUGGUCUAACUGUGGCUUCACAGCCAAGAGUCAAUAAGGCACUGAAUACUGAAUAUUUGGGAUGUUUUUUGCUUUAUACAGGUUAUCUGCAGCAUCAGCAUCAGUUGAAAAUCCACCAAAGUGACUUCAGUUAUGGGAAACAAGUUUGUUUGUUUAACAAAAGCGUUCAUUUAACUCUGAGCUACGGGAAGCCAAAACAGUUUGGACCAACAACAACCUGGAUCAUGUUUGCUGUACUCAUUUUUUAGGGGGUUUCCUCAUCCGGAUGAAGGCUUUAAGGAUAGAGGGUGUUGUCUGCUGUCCAGAUUGUAAAGCCCUUUGAGGCAAAUAUGUGAUUUGUGGCUGUAUAAAUAAAUUUUACUUGACUUGUGACAAAUGACAAGCCACAAUCUGCCCAGGGACCACGGUCCAAUUUAGGGUGCUGACACUAGCCCAGAGGCAACCAAAGCGCUGCCAACUGGAGUUCCAAAAUCCAAAAUCGGACCAAAUCUGGCAGCCAUAUAGGGGCCAGUGCCGGCGCACAUUUGGUCCUCCGGCACUGGAACGCAGCCGAGUCAACACUGAGCCACAAUCAGCCCGACCAAACUGAGCCACUUCAGUAUCUACUGUUGGUGGACUGAAAGUCCUCAACGAACAACUGCGGGCUAACUGGUUGGCUGGAUGACUGGCCUAUUGGCUAAUUCACUAGACAGCUAGCUGGUCAAAGGGCUGACUAGCUAAUAGGCUAACUUAUUGGUCAUCUAGAUGGCUAACCUACCAACUAGCUAACUGCCUGACUGACUAGCCUACUGAUUGACUGGUUAACUGGUUGAUUUGGUAACUGGUUACCUGGCUGGAAAAUUCUGUGACUAGCCGACUUGUCAGCUGGCUAAUUUGACUAACUGGCUGAUUAUUAACCACCAAACCGGUUACCUGGCUGAUGACAAUUGAUAACUGGAAAACUAUCUGACUGACCAACUGGUCGACUUUGAAACUGGCUAAAUGGCUAAAAAGGCAGCUGGAGAGUGCGAGUGACAAACUGGACACCAGUGUUAACGGACGUCCAGCAGCACAGUGACACAUCUGUCUUCUGCUGCCAGACCUCCUGUGGCGGAUUAGGGUCAUGGUCAGUCAGCUGUAAUUGAGGCUGACACUCAGCCAGACAUGAUCUAAACACCAUUAAGCACAGUACCGAGAAAAGCGUGUCAGUUGUAAACUCAGUGGAAAUAGGGCUAAUUAUUUUUGUUUUUUAUUUGUUUUUAAAUCCAAGUUAAUUUACCAUUUUAAUUUUGAUUAUUAAACAUGUAAACUCUUCUGGAGCCUCUUUACAAAAAGCAUGUUGUUUUGUCCCAGCACUGUUCAAACGCACAGGAUUUUUAUUUUAAAGAUCCCAAAGUUUCCAAAGACGCAACGUGCACGCUCACUCGUGUGUAAUAAAGAUAUAUUUUCAUCGGAUGAAACGGUGCAGCCAUUAAUAACAUCUCUUGUGUUGGAAUAAAAGUGGCAAAACAAUCUCACCACAAAGUUUUCAACAGCAGAUGGGGUCUGCUCAGUUAUCAUUGACUUGCAGAUCAAUGGCCCUGUGGUGAGAUUGUUUUGCCAAAUGCUGUUUCGAAGGUCAAGAAUAAACUUUCACUCUCAAAUAUGUAUACUGUCUGGGAGGAAAGGUUUUCUUAAAAAUGUAAAUGCACUAGGGGAAAUCAAGAGUCAAGGGAGUAAGACAAUUGCAAAUAAAAAAAUCCCAAAAAGUUCCAAGUUUUGUUUUUGUUUUGUUUUUAUUGGAUUGGGUUUUUAAAAAAAAAGAAAUAAAUACGAAGCACGAAACCAGCGCCGUGAAUAAAUCAUUUGAGCCACUUGUGUCGGGUGACAGCUUGACUUUUCCAAGCACUAACGGUCUCCGUUUGUGUGUUUGUUCAUCGAGGAUGUUGAGCUGGGUGGUCAAAGUCGUUCCCCAGCUGCCUGAGCCUCCGCCCAAAAAAGCUGAAGAGCAGGAGGCCAAGCCAGCCGCGGCCCCGCCCCCUGCUGCUGCCCCGCCUCCUGUCGCGGCCCCGCCCCCUGCUCCAGAGAAGAAAGUGAAAUUUCAAGAUGAGUGCAAAAAUGAAACUCCAAAAGCUGACAAACCCAAGCAGGAAGAACAGGCAGCGGAGGGCAACGGCCCAGCGCCCGGCUCCCAGCCCGGCGUGUUGACGUGGAUCAGCGGCGCUCUGCCUCAACCUGCAGUCUCGCCAAAGCUGAGCCGAGCCAACUCCACCACCAAGGAGGAAAAUGCAGCAACCAGCAAACCUGAAGACGAACAGGGGAUGAUAGCUUGGAUCGCUCAGGGUUUGGAGAAAGUCGUUCCUCAGCCUGAUCUGAAGUCACCGCCAGCUGAGCAGCCCACUGAGGUGCGUCAAACAGCAGCUGCACCACCAGCUGCGAAGCCUCAGGUGACCGUGACGGAGUCGGAGCGAGAAGAUAAAACCGACAACAAAGCACUCCCGCCCAGGGUGAUGGACUGGAUAAAGCACGGUAUAGAGAAGGUGGUUCCUCAGCCGGAGGUUCACGUUCGCUCAAAGGCAGAAGUCAAGGAGAAGACUGAAGCUCCCGCUUCGGCUAAAGAAGAGGCUCCAGCACCAGAACCUCCUCCAGCCCCGAAACCUCCUGCAGACCCAGAACCUCCUCCAGCCCCAAAACCCCCUGCUGCUGACACUGAGAAGUCUUCCAAGGAAGCAGAGCAGCAGCCCAACAUGAUGGGCUGGAUCGUCAGCGAGAUCGGUCGCAUGUUGCCUCAGCCUGUACAGAAGCAGGACGCAGGCAGUGACGAGGUGCAGAACAUCCGCAUCGGACCGAAGGAGACAGACCUGACACUGGAGGACAUGGAAGAGGACGAGAACACGGAGGACGCCAAGCAGGAGGAGAAGGAGACAGAAGACGCAGAGACCCAGAUGGAUCAAGUGAAAGACGGCAUCGAGGAGGAGGCCGAAGAGGCCGUCUUAGCACACAUGGAGGAAAGACUGCAGCAGGAGCGUCUGGGGGCGGCCCGCAUCGCAGAGGAGAUGGCCAGGAAGGCAGCCGAAGAGGCGGUCCGACAGCUGGAGGUGGAGCAUUCGGCGAAGAUCGUCAUAGAAACGCUGCCCGAGUCCAACGAGCAACUGCCCAACAUCCUGGAGGAGGAAAACGAGGACGAGCCAGAGCUGCAGACCCUGCAGGAGGACAGUGAAGACAGCACAGACAAUACGAGUCCUGCGGAAAAUAAAGUAACAGAAGAAAAUAACCAAACCACUGUUGAGGAAGCGAGACCGCAUCAGUGCCCGACGGACGUCUUCCCGGCUGAAGACGAUGCCACUCUUUCAUCAACAGACGCGGAGCCAGCAUCGGAGAGGAGAGACCUGGACAGUCCAGUCCCCCAACCGAUCACCCAACAACCGGAGCCACGAGCUCCAGAAGCCCAGGCCAGCACAGAGCAGGCCACUGCAGGAGGAGGAGGAGGAGGAGGAGGAGGAGUUCCCGACAUUUGCUCUCCGAUAAAAAGCUUCCUGCUUCGGUUCCCGCACGCUGCUGAGUGUCUGGAGAGCUGCGGGAAGCUGAUGCGUGACCGUUACCUCACCCCUCCCAAACUGUCCGUGCCGACCCCGCCGCCGAGGCUCGCCCAGCUGACCCAGGAGCUGUCGCAGCUCGCCACGCAGGCGCGACAGUGCUGCAUGAGCAUCGCCAGCCGCUUCAGACGCCUUAACUCCAACUCCCAGCAUCCUCAGCAGCCUGCCAAACAAACCCCUGUGUAUCGAAAACAUCCCACCUCCUCCUCCUCCUCAUCAUCACUCCCAUCAUGCUCUACUGCUCUGCACUGCUUCACCACGAGCUGCCAGCCAACCACACCUCAGGGAGAGGCCUGGGUGGAGCGUCCCGUGCUGAGGGUGGAGGACGUGGAUCAGGAUGUGGGGCAGAGAAAAGGCCUGAACAUCCCCCAAAUUAUCACAACCCCAGAACCAGAGUUCAGCACUCAGAGCGUCCCGCUGUCAAAGCUCAGUCCAGCAGAUGAUCUGUCUGCAGACGAGGACGAUGAAGAACUGCUGAGGGUUGGUCUGAAGUCCGGUCAGGGAGACCUGCUGACUGCAGAUGAUGAGAUGCGUCCUCUGUCAGCAGCCAGCGUCGGCAGCGUGGUGAUCCAGGACCGUCUGAACGACCUCGUCAGGCUGUUUAAAGGUCGGACAGAGCGCCAAAGAGACCGGCUGGUGGACCCGGACGAGUCUGAGGAAGAAAGUCCCUCGGCCUCCCCGAGCAAACCUCCACCUCCUCCUCCUCCUCCUCCUCCACCUCCACCAGGAGAAGAGAAGAAGGACGAAGCGCCUGCAGCAGCAGAAGAAGAGGAAGAAGAGGAGAAGGAGUUUGAGCUCCCCUUUAAACUUUUGGGGCAACCGGUGAAAAUUCCCAAACUGCCCAAACUGCCCAAACUUCCCCAGCUGCCGGACUGGCUCCGAGCCAUCGUGGAGUACCGCUUCCCCUCCAGCAUCGACCCCUUCACCGAUCUGAUCUACGUGAUCUGGCUGUUCAUUGUUGUGGCGGCGUGGAACUGGAACGUGUGGUUGAUCCCCGUCCGCUGGGCGUUCCCCUACCAAACCCCCGAAAACAUCCACCUGUGGCUGCUGAUGGACUACACCUGCGAUCUCAUCUACAUCACCGACAUCCUCGUCUUCCAGCCCAGACUGCAGUUUGUCCGCGGAGGAGACAUCGUGUGUGAUAAAAAGGACAUGAGAGAAAACUACAUGACCACUGAGCGAUUUAAGAUGGACAUCAUCAGUCUGUUUCCCAUGGAGAUAUUUUACUAUUUCACUGGAGUGAACUCUCUGCUGAGAUUCCCUCGCCUGUUGAAGUACAUGGCUUUCUUUGAGUUCAACGACAGAAUAGAAGCUGUGAUGAAGAAAGCCUACAUCUACAGGGUGAUCCGAACCUCCACCUACCUGCUGUACUCUCUGCACAUCAACGCCUGUCUCUUCUACUGGGGCUCAGACUAUGAAGGACUGGGAUCCACUAAGUGGGUCUACAAUGGAAAAGGCAACGCUUACAUCCGCUGUUACUAUUUUGCCGUGAAGACGUUGAUCACCAUCGGAGGACUGCCAGACCCCACCACCGUCUUUGAGAUCUGCUUCCAGCUCAUCAACUACUUCGUUGGCGUCUUUGCUUUCUCUAUCAUGAUCGGUCAGAUGAGAGAUGUGGUUGGAGCUGCGACAGCCGGUGAGAACUACUACCGGGCCUGCAUGGACAGCACAGUCAAGUACAUGAACUCCUACAACAUCCCCCGAGAGGUCCAGAACCGCAUCAAGACCUGGUACGACUACACCUGGAAGAUCCAGGGCAUGCUGGAUGAACAGGAGCUGCUGGUGCAACUUCCGACUAAGAUGAGGCUGGACAUCGCUGUGGACGUCAACUACGCCAUCGUCAGUAAAGUCGCCCUGUUUCAGGGCUGUGACAGACAGAUGGUGUUCGACAUGCUGACGAGGCUCAAAUCUGUUGUCUACCUGCCCGGAGACUUUGUCUGUAAAAAGGGGGAGAUCGGCAGGGAGAUGUACAUCAUUAAACAGGGCGAGGUUCAGGUGGUGGGCGGUCCUGACCUGCAGACAGUGUUUGUCACCAUCAGAGCCGGCUCAGUGUUUGGAGAGAUCAGUUUGCUGGCAGGAGGCGGAGGGAACCGACGUACAGCCAACGUGAAGGCGCACGGGUUCGCCAACCUCUUCAUCCUGGAUAAGAAGGACCUGGCAGAGAUCUUGGUGCACUACCCGGAGUCCCAGAAACUCCUCCGCAAGAAGGCCAAGACGAUGUUGACGAAGGAUAAGAAGCCAGACGUGAAGGACGGAGGUAAAGAGGCGAUGGAGGUCAUCCCACCCAGACCGGACACCCCCGAAAUGUUCAAGGCGGCUCUGAAGGUGACGGAGAAGGCGGGAAUAGAGGGAACCUUCUCCAAACUGGCGAAAACCUACAAAGCAUCGGAGAGCGCAGCAGAGGCUCCCCCCGUCUCCCCGGACCCCCCUCGCUCUCGGAUGCACCAGCGCUCUCCGGGCCCUCUCGCUCCGGUUCAGGACGACGAGGGCGCGGUGUCGGAGACCGCCGACAGCUCGGUGAUCAUCAGGAUGACGCCCCGACAGGAAGGGGGCGAGCUGCUCACUGUGGAGGUGACGCAUGGGAAGGGAGAGGAGGACGGAUAGGAGGAGGAGGAGAAGAAGAAGAAGGAGGCCGGGGAGGAGUGAUUUGACAGGAAGCUGCCGUCCUCACAGGACAGAUUCUGCUUCCCAGAAUGCCUUUCAGCGACCUCCAGAGAAGAGAUGUGGGUUUCAGUUGGAGGUGGAGAGAGAAAGACGACAAACCCCAGUGCAUUCUGGUCUCUGUCCUGUCUCUGGUUCUUCUUCUCUGGUGGAUUUUCUCCCUGCUGUGAAACACGUUGUCAUCCUCCUGUUUUUGGGCACAUUUUGAAUUUGUGCAGAAGAAAAACUGACUGAAAACACAAAAAAAAAGCUAAAACAUCUCAAAAAUAUUUUUUUUCAAAUUGGAUGUUUCUUUCUCUUCUGUGGGUGCUUCUCGUUUUCUUUUAACGCCACGUUCCCCUCACUCGCAUCUGUUUCUCACGUUAGUUCCACUGAAGCCACGAGCAGAGAUGCAAAACGUACAGAAUUUAGUGAAGUGACGUCAGUCGGCACAGCUGGAUCAGCUGGAUCAGCUGGAUCAGCUGGAUCAGCUGUCAGUCGGCUUGAACUAGUCUGUGUUGUUCCCGUAGAAUUUGUGUUUAAUCAUAAUGUGUCGUACUGUCCAAAUAAAAAUAAUACGGGCGCACGGUUACUACUUCCAGUACUGUUACUUUACUGUUCAAUGUCUUUUUUUAUUUAUUUUGAAACAACAAAACAGAACAUGUCAGGAGAGCAGCAAACACAUAUGGUCAGAUUAAACACACACCUUUCUUAUAGCAGCAUGAACACAUGAAACUAAACUAAACCACAAGAGGGAGAAAUUCACAGUAACAGGAAAUAAUCAGUGAACAAAUUAAGCUCAGUCUAUCCCAGUGCAGGUUAUUUCAGGCCACUCACAACCAAAAUACGUGCUGAGGGGCGACCACUCUUACAAACUCUUCUGAGGUUCCUUGGAAUACAUUGGAUAACCUUUCGUGAGCAAAAAUUGAUAGUAAUUUAUCGUUCAGCACUGAUAACGUACAGGACUGACAGGCAGCGACAGGAUACUCUGACCAGUCGAGCUGUUUCGGAUCCGUUACUGUUCUACUGCCAAGAAAUGUCUCGAUGUCUAUUGGAACAGAAGACCAGAAUGUUGUGAUCAAUGGACAUGAACACAUUAAAUGAAAAUAAGUGCCAGGUUGUUUUUGGCACACUGCAGAACAUGAAUCGUCAUAUUUACUAUGUAUUUCAGUGAUGUGCAGUUUAUCAGUUAUCUUAUGUUGUGUUUCAUGUGAUUUAUCUGAUCUAGUAAUUUAUUUAUUUUUUGCCGCUGUUUACUUUUCAUUAAUGUCGUUUUACAUAACAGACGAAACAGAACAUCAAAUAUUAAAUAGUAUAUAUGUGUUAGGGUGUGUAUAGUCUAUGUAUGUGUUCCUCUUUAAAUUAACUGCUGGAUAAUCGUCCAUUCAUGUAAGGCCACUUGGCUGCUCAGACGCUGAAUGCACAUGAGUCAUUUCUACUGGCAGCAGUGCGUUUUUUAUGAAUUCAUUAUUUGCAUCUGAAUUUAUUAAUAUUUGGUUUGUAAAUUCAGAAUUUUUAUGAACCAGGUUAUGAUGAGAAUGUCUCAUAAUGAGUAGAAAUAAUUGAAUGAAUUUAUGUAAUUAUAGCUCACAUCAAAAUAUAGUUUCUACCAACACACAGUGAUUGAUUUGCAGCAAAACGUGUGGCUGAAUGUAAAUGACAGAUAGACAAUUAAAACGUGAGUACUGCUGAAAAACAACAGACUUUUUGAGCUAGCUUGCCCUCAUCAAGGUGGUGUUUUUGGUUUCAUUCCUAAUGAAGGCACGUUAGCCGAAAACGUUUGGUGAAUAAAGCGCGGUGUGCAGGAGAA